CCCCCCAAAUUCGCCUCGAAGCGUAGUGUGAGAGUGCGAGCGCUCUCACUCUCCUCGACUCGAUCGCUACAAAUAGAUGCAGGGGUUCGCCGAGGAGUCCCUGGUGCGGCGGCGCAUGGCGGAGCUGCGCCUCGCGUGCGAGCGCGAGAUCCGGUCGCAGCGCGACAGGGCGACCCUCGCCGCAGCCUCCCUCGGCCGCUCCCUCCACUCCCUCCGCUCCCUCGCCCACGAAACCCUAGCCGAUCGAGAAAAACUCAGUGAACUGAAAGAUCACCUGAAGGAAUUAGAAGCUGAUCUUGGAGAAUCUCUAGCAGUGAAAACCCGCAAAGAGUCAAAAUAUACAACCACUGGUGAAUCUCUUUCGACCACCAUAGCAAGAACAGAGCAACUCAGGAAGAUCCUUACGGAUCAAAGGGCUAAGAGGGAUGGAUAUGCUGCAUUACUUUCAAAAGAGUUAGUAGCUAUUGAAGCUCUUGAAACAACUAGUGGUCAAGAUGUAGUUGGAAAAGAAAAUAUAGAGGAAGCUAUUUUGUGGUACUACAAGGUUCUUGGUUUCCGCAGUUUAGGAGGAGAAGGAGUCAAAUUCAUUUUCAACAAAAUUGACGCGAGCAAUCUGGAUGAGGAAUAUUCGUUUACAAUAAGGCUUGACAAUGAUAAGUACUAUUUAUUGCAUUGUGAUCCAUACAUGGAAGAGAUCAAUGAAUUGGUCAACGACUUGAAUAGAACUAAUGACUUGUUCAAAUUUGUCAGAAUAAUGAGAGAAAAAUUCCAGACUACGGCACUAAAUGGAACUCAUCCAACAGCAUCAGCGUUUUGUCCAGUCUCUUCUUCAGUCACGAUAUCAUCUCCACCUCCUACCUCGGUGGACACUAGGAGCGAAAAAUCUGUUGACCAAUACCUAGAUAUUCAAGCAAAAGAUAAGUGUGAUCUUCCUAAGAAACUAAGAUCUCAGCACCCUGCAUUAUCUCCACAUGGAGCACCAGUACGUCGGUCCCCGCGUUUGAUGACAAAAAGGUUUCCUUGAGCUUUUAUGAAACAAACUUUCUGAUGUACAUUUCCGCCCUUCAUUCAAACUCUUUGUGGGCCUAUCAUCUGUGAAUAUCAACCAGAAAACAUCUGUCUUGACGAAUGACGACGCAUCGCGGGUUUGCUCUAGCUGCGACACUCUCCCAUGCUCAAUGUAAGUGAUGGUAAUGCAUCUGUAAAGGAACUGGGUGUAGCUGACCCUUUCUGCUUCUGCCUUGAUUACUGAAGUAGAUGACUGGCCAUGUAUCUUUUAUAUCCGGGAAUUCUUCUAGUCGUUGGAUUCAGUUUUUGCCGUAAUGCCAUAAAGCUUUUCAAUCUGCAUUUCACUCCGACCACAAGCUCUUUUGUAUCAAUACCAAAAGCUUUUCUUGUCUUAUGAAUGGUAAAUAUUUGUUGCAUUUUACAUUUGGCAUGUCACCCUUAGAUCUGACUUUGGCUUCUUAGUCUUUUCCAAUUUCUCGCCAUUUGGACUCAAAAAGGUGUACUUGAAAUGCUAUGAACAGUUAAACGUUGCUGUCUAUGCUUCAUGUAGACUCUGCGGCUUGAUUGUUUUUAUAAUAUGUGGACUCUUCUCGAUCGUGGA